AACUAAGUGGCACGUGAGCAUAUAUACAAGUGGAUGGGUAUAUGAGCAUUAAUUCUGCGGCAACCAUGUCUAUUUAACAUAUUACUCAUCCCUCCAUCCCAUUCUGCGCAAACAGAAAGAUACAGAGAGAGCAAACAAAGAGAGUGUUAACCACAACGUCGGAGGUUCAACCCCUCUUCUUCUGAGAGAGAUGGCGGAUGCUGCGACUGAGUUCCUGCUCAACAACCUGGCGGACCUAGUGAAGGAACACUACAACAAAAUCAAGGACGCCAAGGGCAACAUCGAGAAGCUGCAGAGGGAUCUCGGCCUCUUCCAAGCCUUCCUGAGGGACACGGUGAAGAGGCGGAAAGAGGAAGAUGUUGUAAAGAAUAUGGUGAAGGAGAUUCACGAUAUUGUUUAUGAAAUCGAAGAUAUCAUCGACGUCUACGUUACCAAGACCGUCGAUACAAACCACAAGCGUUUCCUUAGAUUCUUUAAGAAAUCGGCCGAUCUGCACAACGUCGCCACGAGGGUCGAGGGGAUCAGCGGAAGGGUCGCGGACCUGAGGGCAGAAAUCAAGCUCCCCAGCAUCACCCAAGACGCAGAUGAAAAACCUGAGCCUCGGCCACCAAGAUUGAAAGACGUGGUUGGCUUCGAAGAUGUGAUGGAAGAACUCAAAGAUCGCUUGAAGCAAGACACCGACUAUUUUGAUGUGAUUUCUCUGAUUGGUAUGUUUGGGCUGGGCAAGACGACGCUGGCAUGGAAGGUUUUUAAUGAUCCAGAUAUCAGCUUCAAGUUCACCACUCGUAUAUGGCUUACUGUCUCGCAAAAGUUCACACAGAGAGAAUUAUUUCUAAACAUUCUCAAACAUUUAAAUGGGACUCUAGACGAGAGAACACUUUCCAAAGAGGUCCAUGAAUUAGCUGAGAUAGUCACUGAGUAUCUCAAAAGAGGAAGAUUCCUGAUCGUCAUCGACGAUGUAUGGACGGCUGAAGAUUGGAGAAAACUUAGUGAGGCUCUUCCAUCUGACAAUGCAAGUGGUAAAGUCCUCAUCACCAGUCGUCAUGAGGAAGUGGGGAAGGUCGCUAGUAAGCCCAGACGUCACUACAACCUGCGUAACUUUAAAUUCGAAGAAAGCUGGGAGCUCUUCCGGUUGGAGGCACUCGGCACGCUGGUGUGCCCAACUGAGUUGGUAGAUGUGGGAAAAAUUAUCGCAAGGAACUGUGAUGGACUGCCACUUGCGAUAGUUGUCAUAGGAGGCAUCCUUGCCAAGUCUUCGAGCACGAACAUAAACACAAAAAGGAAAGAGUGGGAUAAAGUGUCCAAAGACGUGAUCUCAUAUCUCUCUGAGAAAGACAAAUCACAACGGAUGCAGAAAUUCAUAUCUUUGAGUUAUGACAAUUUACCUUACCACUUGCGCGCGUGCUUUCUCUAUCUGGGGUUGUUCCCAGAAGACUAUGAAAUUCCAGUGUCGAGAUUGAUCCGCAUGUGGAUUGCUGAAGGGUUCAUACCACAGAAGGUUGACACCUUGGAGGAAACUGGAGAAGGGUAUUUGGAGGAUCUCAUCAGCAGAAACUUAGUGAAGAGUGUCAAGUUUAAACCUGAUGGUAAGGUUAAAACUUGCCAGAUUCAUGAUACCUUGCGCGAUUUCUGCCGCACUGAAGCUGAAGCUGAGAAUUUCCUCCAGGAGAUCAAGUACCAGAGCGAAGGAGAGUUUGUACCUUCAGUUUCCCAGAUUAAAACAUUCCGCCGUCUUUCUAUUCAUUCCAAUUGCUUGGAGUUUAUCCAAUCCAAACCUUUUGGCCCUCGUGUCCGCUCAUUUGUUUGUUUCUCGAAAGAUAAAUGUGUGGUGUCGGCUGAAAACAGUACAAAAAUCACUGCCGCCUUCACACUGUUGAGAGUUUUAGAUGUUCUACCUUUCAAAUACGACACCAUUGAUAGUGACCUCUACAAAUUGAUUCAUAUGAGGUACAUUGCCUUGUCUUUCAAGUUGUCAAUUCUUCCUUCAGACUUCAACCAGCUUUCAAACAUACAAACUCUCAUCAUUGCCACUGAAUCCGAUACCCUUGAUGUGAAAGCUGAUAUAUGGAAGAUGAAACACUUGAGGCAUUUUAAGACGAACGCCUCCGCUACCCUCAAGCCACCUAAAAGUGAGAAAGAUUGUGCACACGAGCUUCAAACACUCGGCUUAAUCUCGGUGGAGAGUUGCACGGAGGAACUUCCUAAACGGGCGCCCAAUUUGAAGAAAUUGGGCAUCCGUGGGAAGCUAUCCCUGCUGUUCGAAACAAGGAAUGUAUCUUUUGAUAAUUUGGGGAACAUGAAACAUCUUGGAAAGAUGAAGCUAGUAAACGAUGCAACACAAGAAGCAGAGCGACUGCAUUGCCUUCCUAGAUAUGAUCGGUUCCCAUCCGGACUUACCAGCCUCACUCUAUGUGCCACUUCCCUCAGUUGGGACCAUAUCUCAACCCUUGGAUCGCUCAAGAAAAUCGAGGUGCUCAAGCUAAAAAGUCGGGCAUUUACGGGUGACAUCUGGAAGGUAGAAGAUGGAGGUUUUCCCACUCUUCAGUUUCUGCACAUUGAAGAGACGGAUUUGGUGUUUUGGAAGGCCUCGUCGCGUAACUUCCCCAAGCUCAGAAGCCUUGUGCUGAAGAACUGCGACAAGCUCCGUGAAAUUCCAAUUGAGCUUGCUGACAUACCAAGCCUCCAAAUGUUGGAGUUGUCUACUUGCAUACUGGCGAACAAAUUUGGCAAGAUGAUUGCGGCUGCAAAGACAAAGACGAAGGACUCUGAGUUCAAGCUCGCCAUCUACCCUCCUGUUGAAUGAUCAUGCUUGCAUCGCACGUUUCAAGCUUCUUAUCAGAGGUGUAUAUGGCUGGUGCAGUGUGGCUUGCUUGAAUAACUGCUGCAUUUCAAUUUGUUCUUCUCAUUAUGCUUGACUUUGUUAUGUUGAACUAUUUCCUUUCUUCAAAUAAUCCAGCUUCGUGCGUUUGGAUUAGAAUAAACAGUGCAUUUGAUUCGGUUUUUUAUGUUGAACUAGCAAGACAUUGUGUAGUUAAUGUGUUGAAUGAUCAUUUGUUUAUUUCGCAGUA